CUUCGAGGUAGUGUCUCAACCCAUCACAUCUUUCGCUCUUCGACUUGCUGGCUCGUCGCUCUUGUGAAUUCUGGACAGCUGCCAGCGAGGGCGAUUGGACUGGCAGUUGGACUGGACUGGCCAGCGCAUACAGAAGACAACAGCCGCUGCGCCGCUGCUAGGCAUAGAAUAUCCCAGUUUCAGAUCCAGAUCCAGCGUGACGACGACGAUCGAAUACAACCACGACCGCCUGCACCGAGCGCGCGGACCUCGCUGGAAGUUGGGAAUUGAAAGAGUAGACAUUGGAUAUCGGGCAAGAUGUUUGGACUAUCAUAUUGGUUUCUCCCGCUCUUCGCGGGUUGCGUAUGGCUAGGCACCCUCCUCGCCAUGCUGGGCCGCUGGCUCGCCAUCGGAAGCCCACAAUACACAUCCUUUAACACCGGCCAAACAUACCCCUACAUCUCCGACAUAGGCGCAACAUCCUGGGGCAAACCACUCUUCAUCGCCGGCAGCGCAACCUCCGUCGCAAUCUUCGACCUCGCCUUCAUCAGCGAACGCUGGCUCCGCCACAAAGGCCGUCUCACCCAAAACUACAGCAUCUCGGAGAAAAUCCUCAGCGGUUUCGCCAUCGCUUUCGCCCUCAUAGGAGCCGCGGGCCUCAUCCUCCUCACCAUCUUCGACACAGUCCGCUAUCCACGGGUCCAUGUCUCCAUGCUGGUGGUGUUUAUAGCAGCCUACAUCAUCUCGGCAAUUUUCAUCUGCGCCGAAUACCAACGUCUCGGAGUCCGCUACCGCGACCAACGCAUCCUCGCAGCUUCCUUCUGGAUCAAACUCGCUUUCAUUUUCGUCGAACUCGCCUUGGCCAUAAGUUUCGGUGUCAUGAGUAACCAAGGGAACUAUAACCGCGCUGCUGUUCUGGAGUGGGUUAUCAGUUUGAUUUAUAUCUUCUAUCAGUGGAGUUUCAUUAUCGAUUUCUUACCGGCUACGAGGACGAGAAAUAAGACUGAUCGGUACCCUGCGCCGGUGAAGAGGAGUGAUGAUGAGAUGGCUAUGGAUACGGAGGCUGGAGGCAAUAUGUUGGGUGGACCGGUUUAUACGUCUGGGGGGACGAAUGGUGCUGGGCAUGCGCAGAGUGCGGCGCCGGCGUAUGCGAAUGCUAGGUAUGCGCCGCCGCCUUCGACGACGGCGGGGUCGAGUACGAAUUUUUGAGGAGGAAGUGCGGUUGUGGUAAUGUGAGGGGAAUGAAAUGGAAUGAAGUGAUACCGUUUAUACUGGCGGCCAGCUGCAGCAGGUUGGAGUAUGCAUUGUACAGCACGGGCUCGACCGGAUCGGAAAGGAAAGGAAUUACAGUACAAUAUCCAAUGACACCCUGAGGAACAGGAAUGAAAGGACUGCCAUUUCCAAAGUAUGUUGAUAGAGACAGAAGAAAAGACUAAUGAACUGCCCAAACC